CAGACGACCUGUACAGUGUGUACAGCUGCUGCAGAUCGGGCGUGAGGGAGCAGACGUGAGGCGAGGAAGUCCGAAGCCUGCAGCUGUCGGGAGCGCAGGGGAAUCAUGGACAACCAGCCGGAGAACCCGCCGCUGUAGGCUCGAUCAGGCCGCUCCCGAGCCGGAGGACAGGCAGAGAAAACUUUCUAUUCUCCCGCUGCAAAGAGCCGAGACGGCGGAGGGCUUCCCUCCGGUCCCCUCCCUGCUGGAAGAUAUGUGGCUGAACCCGGAGGAAGUUCUGCUGAAAAACGCUCUGAAGCUCUGGGUGACCGAGAGGAGCAACGACUUCUUCCUCCUGCAGAGGAGGAGAGGCCACGGAGAGCCCACGGGCAGGAUCACAGGUCUCCUGGUAGGGGCGCUGGACACGGUGCUGGACUCCAAUGCCAGGGUCACACCCUUCCGCAUCCUUCUCCAGGUUCCCGGCUCCCAGAUCAGCUGGGUAAUCGCUAGCGGAGCUGCCAUAGAGGAGGUGAACAAGCACUGGGAUUGGCUAAUCCACAACUUGCUUCACUCUCUGUCUGUGUUUGAGAACAAGGAGGAUGUUGCCAGCUUCGUCAAAGGAAAAGUCAAGGGCCUUAUUGCUGAGGAAGUUCGGGGUCGCCAGGCCGCCCAGGAGGAGGAUCCGGAAAAGUUCAGGGAGGCGCUGCUGAAGUUCGAGUUGCACUUUGGCCUCCCGUCGUCGGAGAAACUGGUGACGUACUACUCCUGCUGCUGCUGGAAGGGCCGCGUGCCUCGACAGGGCUUCCUCUACCUCAGCAUCAACCACAUGUCCUUCUACUCCUUCCUGCUCGGGAAGGAAGUCAAAUUUGUGAUUCCCUGGGCGGAGAUGACGCGGUUGGAGCGGGUCUCCACCGGUCUGAUGACGGAGGCGAUCCGGGUGGGCACACGGCAGCGACAGAGGGAAUUCUCCAUGUUCCUGAACCUGGACGAGGCGUUCGGGGUCAUAGGUCAGCUGGCUGACAUUGCCCUCAGGCGGCUGCUGGACAGCGAAGGCCUGGAGCUGGACCGAGUCCUGCAGCAGCCCACACGCAUCACCAAGAGGAUCCUGGAGGAGCAGGCUAUAAGGGAGUACGUCCUGGCUUUGUUUCGGCUCCCCCGUGCCGAAAAACUCCACGAGGUGGCCUCCUGCUCGGUGUGGACGCCACAUGCACGCUGCCACACGGCCGGGACUCUCUACGCCACCGACAGUUACCUGUGUUUCUCCAGCCGAGAGGAAGGCAGCUGCGUCCUGAUCAUACCGCUCUCAGAGGUGUUGUCCAUAGAAAAGGCGGAGAGCACCACUCUGCUUCCCAACCCCAUCAUAGUGAGUGUUCGGACUAAGAAGGCCUUCCAGCUGAUCGAGCUGCAGGACAGAAACGAGCUGGUGGAGAGCCUGAACUCCAGACUCCGAUCUGUGCACUGGAAACAGUCCAUGUUCCGCAGCAGGAAAGGCAGCAAGAGGAGUGUGAGCUCUCCUACACCUUACUACACCUUCUACUAUGACACUGGUUACUCUGAUGAGGAAGAACUAGAGGAGCAGGUACUGCGUAACACCGUCAACAGCGAAGCUCUGAUGACAGCCUUCCACCAAAACCAACCGGGAAAUAACGGCAACAAGAGCAUGGAGCAGGUGAAGGAGCGGCUGUGGGAGGAUCAUUUCUUGGAGUUCGGCCGCGGCGUCCACAUGUUCCGCACAGAGAAGAUCCAAAGACUUGUUGCCAUGGGGAUACCAGAGUCACUGCGAGGGGAGCUGUGGAUGACACUUUCUGAUGCGUCCUCGGAGCUGGAGUCCCAUCAGGGCUACUACACCAACCUGGUGCAGAAGUCGAUGGGUCAAAGCAGCCUGGCCACAGAGGAGAUUGAGCGGGACCUUCACCGCUCUCUGCCGGACCAUCCUGCCUUUCAGAACCCCACGGGCAUCGCUGCACUGAGACGUGUCCUCACCGCCUACGCUCACCGCAACCCAAAGAUCGGAUACUGUCAGUCUAUGAACAUCCUGGCGUCGGUGCUGCUGCUCUACGCUAAAGAAGAAGAAGCUUUCUGGCUGCUGGUGGCUGUUUGCGAGAGGAUGCUGCCUGACUACUUCAACCGCAGGGUCAUAGGAGCUCAGGUGGACCAGUCUGUGUUCGAGGAGCUGAUCAGGGAGCGUUUGCCCGAGCUAGCCGAACAGGUUCCGGACCUCUCCGCUCUCUCCUCCGUCUCCCUCUCCUGGUUCCUCACCCUCUUCCUCAGCGUCCUGCCCUUCCAGAGCGCCGUCUGCGUGGUCGACUGCUUCUUCUUCCACGGCAUCAAAGCCAUCUUCCAGUUAGGCUUGGCGGCGCUGGACGCCAACGCCGCGCAGCUGUCCGCCAGCACGGAUGAUGGACAGGCGCUCAUGAUCCUCACGGGUUUUCUGGACGAGGUUGGGAGUGAAGAGUCGUCUUGUGUUCCGUCCUCCCCGCCCGCUGCGCUGGAGCCCAGCAGCAGCGAAGCUGAUGUUCCCACUGUGAGGCACACGAACAUCACCGACCUCAUCAACGAGUCCUACACGAAAUUUGGAGACUUGACGGUGAGGCAGAUCGAGAGGCUUCGCUGUCGACACAGAAUCCGAGUGCUGCAGGCUCACGAAGACACCACCAAAGAAAACUCUCUGCGAGUGGUGACUCCAGAUGUUUCCAUCUCUCCAGAGAACUUGUCUGACGUCUACGAUCUCUUCAAGACGGAGCACUUCAUCAGUCUGUACUGGGGCGACAGCAGCUCUGCAGCAGCAGCCGAGGCGGCAGCGUGGCAUUACGGUGACUCUGGUUGCUACAUGGAGCGGCAGUACCGACUGGACCGACCCCAGUUUAAGAGCCUGUACGGGCUGCUGACGACAUGGCCCGGCGGCUCAAACCAGCACGCUGAUACUCUGGCCAACCGCACCUUCACCCUGCUGGACCAGGACCGGAACAGCCUGGUCACCUUUAAAGAGUUUGCUGGUUGGCUGGACACUCUGUACUGUGAAGAGCUGAAUGAGAAAAUCAGGCUGCUGUACCGCCUGCACAUCCCACCAGCUCUGACAGAGAGUGAAGAUGACCCGUCCCUGAUGAAGAGCCCCCUGCUGUCCUCAAACAGACCCCUCUACGUCAAUCUGCCCUCAGAUGUUCAAGAUGAAGAGAAAGAUUAUCAGGAGCAGCUGAAGCAGAUGUUGCAGGAUCUGGCCAAAGAGAAGGAGAAAGACGUGGAGAAGCCUCUGCCACUCAUGAACCAGCGUGAGUUCAUCCAGUUCUGCAAAACCCUCUACAGCAUGUUCCACGGCGACCCAGAGGAGAACGACCUCUUCCAGGCCAUCGCCACGGUAACCAGCCUCGUGCUACAGAUCGGCGAGGCCGGCCACCACGUGCACAGCUCGGGGUCAGAGGUCGCCGGAGGCCAAGAGGAGGCGAAAGGAGCGGCCCCCGCUCAAGAGGACGACAAGUGGACGGUCAGCUACGCUCAGAUCCUGGCCUCGCUGCUGACCGAGCAGGCGCUGGUGAACUUCUUCGAGAAGCCGAUGGACCUGUCUGCGAAGAUCGCAGAGGCCAAGGAGAAGCAGUAUCACCAGCGGGCCGGUUUGCUCACACUGCAGCAAAGGACCAGAUGACUGAAAUGUGAAAAGUGGACCGCGAGCCGUAACACAAGCACAAACAUCUUAUGAAGAACACCACACCAUAAGUAUCAACUGACACAAUGUGACCGAACGCAGCAGAAGCUUAAGAGCCUUAAAGUUAUCUGUGAUGCUUCUAUCAUCAGUGUGACUGUAGGCAGGACUCAACACGGAGCCUGUGACUCCCUGACCUGUGACUACAACAGAGGAGAGGAGGGUUUUUUUUUUCUUCUUGUUCCCAAAUAUUUUGAGCCAAAAAGACUUUUCAGGCUCCAGAUCUGAGCAGCAGACCAUGUGAUGGUGGAUCUGUUCAUUCUGUGCUGUCGGCCCACAAACAUUCAAAUUACUGCCUUCACCUGAAGACUCCUGCAGUGUUCUCCACUUUAUAAUAAGCCGCUUUAAGUUGUGACUAAUCACUUUAUUAAAAGUUAAUAAGUCAUUCACUAGCUCUUUAUUGAUCAGUUAUGAGCAUUACUUUGGUUAACUUUCGGGUUGCCAGGUCGUGAAACAUUUCCGAUGAGUCACUGAUAAUCUGUGUUUUAUCAUGCGUUACUUUAUAUGAAUUUAUAUGAGUAGCCCGUCGGGUGACUUGGCUGUUGGUGAGUAAACUUGUGAAUGAGUUGAUCAUUAUUUAUUAUUUACAACCAUCCGACCAGUCUUUAAUUGUAAAUGCUGCUGAUUGCUAAUAAAUCUGAGAAACUCACUUUUCCAGAAGGUCGGAGUUCAAAAGUGUGCAGCUCAAGGAGGAUUACCAGAGAGAUGUACACAACCUGGCAACCCAAUGUGUUCCUGUCAAUGACUUCUGACUGAUCUGUGAAGCACUAGUGAAUGAUGAAGCACUAAUGAAGCCAUUAAUUAUAAGCCACUGUAUAAAACUCUUUCUAAAGGCUGCUUGAUUAAGAAGUUGUGCCAUUAAUCCUCUACGGUGCAGCAUUAAGGACAAAUCCAGCAUGCUUUCAGUGUUCUUUUUUUUUUUAAAUUGAUUUUAUAACUCCGGUUUCUUUUAAUAUCAAAUGUUUUCACCCGCACGCACCUCGAAAAAAGAAAUCUAUUUUUAAAAACUUUUUCAAAUGACUGGAAACUAAUCUACAGUGAUCUGAAACGGUUGCAGGAAGCAGGAAAGAAACGCUGGAGACGUCCUUUGAAAUAAAAGACAUCACACAAAAUCCUU